UCCAGUCCACAGUCUGACAGUCAGCAAGUUAGCGGUGUUUGUUUUUUGUUUACAACCGAGUCCAUACAGGAAUAAUAUAGUUACCUCAUUGUUUUUAUCGUAACGCUUGCAAGGAGAGUGGUGUGAUUUAUCUGCGGUUAUUUAUUUCUUUAAAAAGCCUCUCACAGCUUCUCCGGGGGGCGGAGUGUCUGCAGAAAGCUGCGCCGAUUGGGGCGCUGAAUCUGGGGAAGAGAGAUGGCGUGUUUGUUGGAGGCCCCUCUCCGCAUCAGUGUGCUUUCUGAAGUAACUGCCACAAGUCGCCAUUAUGUUGACAGACUGUUUGACCCAGACCCACAGAAAGUGCUGCAGGGAGUCAUCGACAUGAAGAAUGCAGUCAUAGGAAACAACAAGCAGAAGGCCAAUCUGAUCGUCCUCGGAGCGGUGCCAAGGUUACUGUACCUGCUGCAGCAGAGCUCCUCCUCUCUGGAGCUGAGGACAGAGUGUGCCGUGGUGCUGGGCAGCCUGGCCAUGGGCACCGAGAACAACAUCAAGUCCCUGGUGGACUGUCACAUCAUCCCCGCCCUGCUUCAAGGUCUCUUGUGUCCAGACCUGAUCUUUAUUGAAGCUUGUCUUCGAUGUCUCAGAACGGUUUUCAUCAGUCCAGUCACCCCCGUGCAGCUGCUCUAUACUGACCCCACUGUGAUCCCCCAUCUAAUGUCUCUCCUGAGCCGCUCCCAGAGAACGCAGGAGUACAUCACACAGAUCUUCUCCCACUGUUGUAAGACCCCGGAGCACCAGACGGUUCUUUUUAACCACGGCGCAAUCCAGAACAUCGCCCCUCUUCUUAUCUCCCCCUCUUAUAAGGUCCGGAUGCAGGCGUUAAAGUGUUUCUCAGUCCUGGCUUAUGAGAACACUCAAGUCUCCAUGACACUGGUGAAUGUGCUGGUGGAUGGUGAGCUGCUCUCUCAGGUAUUUGUCAGAAUGAUGCAAAGGGAUCAACCUAUUGAAAUGCAGCUAACGGCAGCCAAAUGUCUAACGUACAUGUGUCGAGCGGGCGCCAUCAGGACGGACGACAGCUGCGUGGUCCUAAAGACGCUGCCUUGCCUGGUGCGGAUGUGCAGUAAAGAGCAUCUCCUGGAGGAGAGGGUGGAGGGAGCGGAGACGCUGGCCUACCUGAUGGAGCCCGACGUGGAGCUGCAGAGGAUCGCCAGCACCACCGACCACCUGGUGGCCAUGCUGGCCGACUACUUCAAAUACCCCAGCUCUGUGUCGGCCAUCACUGACAUCAAGAGGCUGGAUCACGACCUGAAGCACGCUCACGAGCUGAGACAAGCUGCGUUCAAACUCUACGCCUCGCUGGGCUCCAACGACGAGGACAUCCGCAAGAAGAUCACAGAGACAGAGAACAUGAUGGACCGGAUAGUCAGCGGCCUAUCAGAGUCCAGCAUUAAAGUCCGUUUGGCCGCCGUCAGGUGUCUUCACAGUCUGUCGCGGUCGGUGCAGCAGCUGAGGACGAGCUUCCAUGACCAUGCGGUGUGGAAACCCCUCAUGAAGCUGCUGCAGAACGCUCCGGAUGAAGUCUUGGUCAUGGCCUCCUCAACACUAUGCAAUCUACUGCUGGAGUUCUCCCCCAGCAAAGAGCCCAUCCUGGAGUCGGGGGUGAUUGAGUUGCUCUGCACUCUGACGCAGAGUGACAGUCCUGCUCUGAGGGUCAAUGGGAUCUGGGCUUUAAUGAACAUGGCCUUCCAGGCGGAUCAGAAGGUGAAGGUGGAGAUCGUCCGGUGUUUGGGAACAGAACAGUUGUUCCGGCUGCUAUCGGACCCCGACAGCAACGUGCUGAUGAAGACCCUCGGGCUGCUGAGGAACCUGCUGUCAACACGCCCACACAUCGACCAGAUCAUGAGUUCUCACGGUAAGCAGAUCCUGCAGGCGGUGACCCUCAUCCUGGAGGCGGAGCACAGUGUGGAGGUCAAAGAGCAGACGCUGUGCAUCCUCGCCAACAUCGCAGACGGCAACACAGCCAAGGAAAUUCUCAUGACCAAUGACGACAUGCUGCAGAAAAUCAAAUACUACAUGGGGCAUUCGAAUGUGAAACUGCAGCUCGCCGCCACCUUCUGCAUCUCCAACCUGAUCUGGAACGAGGAGGACGUUCAAGCAGUGGUCAGCAGCGAUUGUUCCCCAAAAGGUCAGCACAGCUCAGGUUCUCAGGAGCGUCAGGAUAAACUGAGAGAGAUGGGCUUUGUUGACAUUCUGCACAAACUCACCCAGGCCUCGGACCCCAACCUCUGUGACAGGGCGAAGACGGCGAUGCAGCAGUACCUUGCGUGACCACAGGGGGCAGAGAUCCUCCAAUGCCAGCCUCACUAACAAUCGUCGGGAGGAAACCAGUUUUUUUUUUUGCACAAAGACACCUUUUGUGGACCUGUGGCUGGCCUCCCCCCCCCCCCCUCCCUCUCUCCCCUCCACCCACACCACCACCACCUCACUCCAGACCUCACCUCGGAGACUCUGUGGUUGUUGGGAGAUUAACGGUUAGGAGGGGUUUGCUUGUUUGUUUUCUUUCAACAAUGAAGUGAUAUUUUUCCUUUUGGGACUUUGUGAGUUUUGGUUGGCGUGCGACAGCCUUUUGGACUCCUUACGAUGGAGAGAAAUGGACUACGAGGUUUUUGAGCACGGCUGUCGGACAGCAAAGCUUCCCGGUUUUAUUUCCUUUUUAAUUAAUAUUACUAUUAAUAAUAAUGUUUCCUUCAGGCGCCGCAAGCAAGGACACAUUUGGAAAAAUACAGACUUGCCUAUUUUGGAAUUUUGGGUGUUUUUUUCAUUUUUUUGUGGAUACAUACCUCGUAAAUAUAUAAAUAUAUAUAAAUAUAAACAUAAAUAUAUAUUUUUGGAUUUGUAUUUUCCCCUGUUUUGUUUUCAUUCAUGCUCUCUGAACCCUGGCAGUGAAUCCGCUGCAGUCUGAUUAUGGAAAUGACUUUGAACGUGGAUUUUCUUUGAGGUAAAUAAGGAAAGGAAAUGUGAUUCUCCUUUUGAAUUUCAGUUUUUGAUUUUCUCACCGUUGUGGUUCUGCGUGCACUGUCGCCCGUCACUUCUGUCCAAUAUCCUUAUAGUCCCAAUGGGAAAUGUAGAUCCAGAGAGCUCACUCUGACCUGCCCGGUUACUAACUAACAGGCAUGAGUUCACACAGCAGAGAUAAGAGGGUUCAUGUGUCCUCACUGCUCUGUUUAACAAUGUCAGCCCCUCUUCUCUGUGUGUGUGUUUGUCAAAAGGGAUUUCUCUCUCUCUCUCCUCUGAAGUGUUUUGGAGAAGCGAGGACAGAGUGGAUGUAAAGAAGUAUUUGAGACCGGCACGUCCACAGCAGCAGAAUCAAGUGCUUAAUUUCUCCCCCUCAUUAUAUACUUUCCUCUCCCAUCAGGAUCUUUCUAGACUGUUGUUCCCUGACAUUUCAAUCCUUACUGAAACUCUGAUAGAAUGAAUGUUACCAUUGAAAAUAUAUGCAGACUUGAAGAAGGAU